AUGCGUUCAGCUCGCGACCUCCGCCUCGCGGUCUCGGCCCUCCUCCUCCUCCUUCUGCUUUCAGCCGGCGUCCUGGCGGCAAGAGCCCAGCAUGAAAUCGACGAUGAGUCAGAGUUCAGCUACAUCCGCGGGUCGGAGAACGGGCCGGAGAACUGGGGCAAGAUCAAGGAGGAGUGGGCGACGUGUGGCACCGGGCGGAUGCAGUCGCCCAUCGACCUCUCCGACCGCCAUGCCGCACAGGCACCCAACCUCAGGUACCUCAAUCACUCCUACCUGCCUGUAGAUGCCUCCAUCAUCAACCGCGGCCACGACAUCAUGGUCAAGUUCAACGGCGACGCCGGGAGCCUGUGGAUCAACGGCACCGCGUACCACCUCAAGCAAGUCCAUUGGCACUCCCCUAGCGAGCACCGCGUAAACGGCCGCCGGUACAGCCUCGAGCUUCACAUGGUUCACCUCAGUGCCGACAACAAGACUGCUGUGAUCGGCAUCCUCUACAAGAUCGGCAGGCGCGAUCAUUUCCUUCACGAGCUGGAGCCUUACCUGAAGAGGAUAGCAGAUACCAAGGAGAAGGAGGAGAUGGUAGGCAUGGUGGAUCCCUGGGAGGCGAGGGGAGAUGGCGAAGCGUACUACCGGUACAUGGGCUCCCUCACCACGCCGGCGUGCGAUGAGGGGGUCAUCUGGACCGUCAUCAAGAAGGUUGCCACCGUGUCGACUCACCAACUGAAGCUUCUCACCGACGCUGUCCAUGAUGGCUUUGAGAUGAACGCGAGACCCCUUCAGAAGGUGAACGGAAGAGAUAUCAACUUUUUCUGCCCUGAUGAUCACCAUGAGCGCUAUUACGCUGCCGCUGAUCAGUAA